GCUGCACACUCUCUGCCCUCACGUGUGGAUGCCAGCCCUAGAACUUUUCGCCCACACGAAAUUCGCCCAACCUCAUCGUCGUGAUCCCCGUGCCGCCGCAAAAGAUACCCUCGACCACCUCCGACAACUAACCCCCCGCCAACACCGCCAGGAUGAGAUACAUUCACAGUUCGGAGACUCUUGACAUCCCCGAGGGUGUCAAGGUGCACAUCAAGACCCGUAUCGUCACCGUUGAGGGCCCCCGAGGAAAGCUCGUCAAGGACCUCGGCCACUUGGCCGUCGUCUUCGGCCAGCCCACCAAGAACACCAUCUCCAUUGAGAUCCACCACGGCAACCGCAAGAACGUCGCCGCCCUCCGCACCGUCAAGUCCCUCAUCAACAACCUCAUCAUCGGUGUCACCAAGGGCUUCAAGUACAAGAUGCGCUACGUCUACGCCCAUUUUCCCAUCAACGUCAACCUGGACAAGCAGGCCGAGACUGGUCUCUACGAGGUGGAGAUUCGCAACUUUAUUGGCGAGAAGUAUGUCCGCCGGGUCAUGAUGCAGGAGGGUGUCGAUGUCGAGAUCUCCACCAACCAGAAGGACGAGCUCGUCCUGACCGGCAACUCGCUCGAGAACGUCUCGCAAAGCGCUGCGGACAUUCAGCAGGCUUGCCGUGUGAGGAACAAGGAUAUCCGAAAGUUCUUGGACGGUCUGUACGUUUCCGAGAAGGGCAACGUCGUCACUGAGGAAUAGACAUGGAGAACGACGGAAUGUUUGUUUCUUUUUGCGUUUCUGGGUCUCGGAGUGGCGAAGGGUCAUCAAUGCAUGUCAGUAGCAAGGGUUGCUACUAAAACGAAUUCAAAAAGCCAGGAGAUGAUUUUUCUCUGACCUUACAUAUUUGUAUCCCGGACGGUGGCGUGAUCUGUCUCGCGGUGCACAUUGGUCGGCUCUCGUAGCGCCUGGGGAGGAGAAGGGAGACGAAUAAUGACAAUUAUUGAACCCAU